AUGACGAUGAUUAGAACACCACCCCCUUCUCCAAACCUUCCGACUGGAUUUGGAGCAAGAUCCGACUCAAACGGCAGAGCAGCGCAGAAGGCCGAAGCAGAAGUGGAAACCGUAAGCAGCUCUCUGAGGAUUAAUACGCCAAGUCGAAGUGCAAUAAGGACCGAAAGCUGUCCUAUCUCACCAGUGUCCGAAUCAAAAAGCGAAGGAUACGCAGGAGUAUCAUCUUUGGAUUGUCUUCUGGCCGAUAUGAAGCUGUACCCAUAUUUAUGCAAAACAAUUGGCCAAAAUUUGUUAGCAAAAGCAUCUCUGGAUUUUUUGGCAAACCCUAAUUUGAAGCUCAGUUCAUUUCCGAUUGGCCACGGUUCAUAUUCCUGCGUUUUCAAAAUUUUAAAUCGAGAAAGAUCGGUGCUGAAGUUUGCAGUCUCGAAGAAGAGAUCAAAUAUAAUACUAAAGGAAGCGGGCUUUUUAUCACAACUGAAUGAAAUCAAUCAAUUGAACCACAAUAAUCGAUAUAACAUAGUGCCAUUUUAUGGCAUAACAUAUAUUUACAAAUCUCAUUACAAAAGGCUACGAUCUAAUGAAUUCGUGCCUGGGAUAGUUCUGGAGGAAUACGAAAUGAAUUUACAACAGUUCUGCCAAAAUAAAAAUGAAACAAUUUUCACAAACUGGUGGAAACUAUGCUUUCAAAUGCUCGACUGCCUGUCCUUUUUGAAAGCCGAAAGAAUCAUCCACGGUGAUAUCAAGACUGCAAACAUUUUAGUGGAUUCUAAAUUAAAUUUCUUUUUGGCAGAUUUUACAUCUGCAAAAAGGUUGAACGAUGGUAAUUUUAUCAUAGGAUCUAGUUUAGAAUCAACAAUGGAAUAUUGUGCACCGGAAAUGAUUGAAUUUUCUAAACAAUCUUUCGAUACUGAUCUUUAUGCUUUAGGUCUUUGUUUACUGGCAUUAAUAACCAAGUGCGAACCAUUUCACGAACUUCAACAAUCAAAAAAUCAUGGUAUAGGCUCGAUUCAACAAAGCCAAUGGUUGAUUACUGCCAUUUUGAAAAAUGAUCCAAUACACUUCAAUAUACUGAACAACGAUCAUCUGUACCAACUCUGGCAUAAAGAGUUGGAGUUCUUAAAAAUAAUCCUCAUAAGUAGACAGCCAGUCGAAAACUGCAUUCCGCUGAGGCCCCAUCUCAGUUUCGCAAAUGACUCCUAG